UUGGAAAUACCUUUCUUCAAAGUCAAUUUUUCUUUUUCCCAAUGCUUCACAUAUUCCAACUAAUACCCAUAUUCAGACUUCAUCACUAAUCGCCAUCUUCAACUUCGAUUUUGUUUCUUUAAUUUCGUCGGAGGACCCAUGACCGUCGAAAAUCCCCGACCACACUGUCGGCCAUCAACGUUUUUCGCCGCCGCAUCAGAGGUCGCCGGUAAGCUGGUUCGUUCUGCCGUUGCGAAAAUCAAGCAUCCAAGAAACAAAGAUACCUAGUUAUCCAAGCAAAGUUCAGACUAAAAGCCAUCGCCAUUACAGCUCUGCUUGGCAUUGUCUAUGCGCUCCGACAAGGUUCCCGGAAGAAUUGUUCUGCACAAUCCCUACCGUCAAACCGUCGCAAAAUACCCUCAGAUAUCACGCCCUGGUCCUCUAAGAUCCGGUCUUGAAACUGACCCUAGCUAACAUCUAAACCGAGCUGCGUGAGAAAUUGGCUUAAGUUCGUGAAAGAUAAAUCUGCCAAACUAAAGCAAGCAAGUGAAACAGAUCAUUACGUUGAACUCAGUAUAUGCAAUGAGAAUUCAAGAUCAUCCCAAGCAGUGCUUUAUUUUAUACAUCACAUUGGUGCUAAUUUCCAGCACGGUUUCAUGUCUCCACGAGGUGGCUCCUUCUCAUAAUAAAUAUAUUACAGAUUCAUACUUUAAGGAACACAAUAGCUUGACAGAUUCAAAAUUUGAAGAUUACAUUGCUCAAGGAAUUGCUUAUGGAUCAUGUGAGUUGUUGGAAGAACUCAAAGUUGGGACGAAUAUUAUAUCUGUGCAUCAAAAACUGAUUGGUGAAGGUUCACAUCGUCAUCUAUCAUUAUCAAUCAGGUUGGAGAGUUUGCUUGAGUCCAAGUCUGGAUCUCAAGAAUUUUGUGAGGCUAUAAUCAUUGAAAGACUACCUUCUGGAGUCUUUGCAGAUUUGUUUGAGCUGCAACAUUUGGUGCAGCGCGGUGUAUUCACUGAAGCCGGUGUAUUUGGAGACACAAAUUUAGAAUUGCCUUCAUUUCGGUCAAAUCGGUCACUGAUUGAGGUUCACUUGGAUAUUGGCUCUAAAUUAUCGCCAAGGCACAAAGAUGAAGUAGAAUUUAAAAUUGAGCUUCCACUACACGCACGUUAUCAGCCACUAGGACACGGGUUUUCAAGGGUUGAAUUUCGCCCUCCCAAUGUAUUCAUGCAGUGUAGCAUUGAAAGAACCAUGGAGAAAUGUUUAUUUCCAUUAAGCUACCGCAAUGGCGAAUCUAAAGCUGAUGAGGUUGUGUGGGAAAUACCUUGUGGAGACAAAGAACAUGCAGGAAUUGUAUCGGCUAUUACUUUCAUGUCAGCUAUUCUAUCAGCUCUUCUAAUUAUCCUUGUAUCUAUUUAUUAUUCUGGUAGUAAUGAUUGUCCUGACUUGAAACAAUUGUGAAAUGUGGUUAGAUUAGAUUGUUGUGCUGGUUAAAUGCAAAUUGAAUAUAACCACAAACAUAAUAUUUUUUCAUCCAUGAGACCAUGACUAAUGAAGGGUGGGCAAAUGAUUUUAGUUUUUUUUC